AUGAGCCAAGGCUCCCCAACUUACGAAUGCGCCGUUUGCGGCGAGAAACACAAUGGCAAGCAUUUUGGGGUUCAAGCCUGCCGUGCCUGCUCAUCAUUCUAUCGCCGCUCGCUGGUUGAACGCAAAGUUUACAAAUGCCGAGGAAACGGGAAAUGUCCAGUGUCGAAUGAAAUGCGAAAUUCUUGUCGAGCCUGCCGCCUAAGGCGUUGUAAGCAGGUCGGGAUGAUUGGAGCUCGAAUUCGAUCAGUUGAGAUUGUGGAGGAAUCUCCGUCAUGCUCGAAAGAUGGGUCCACGGCGCUGGAUAUUACUAAAAACAUGGAGAAUCCGAGUCAGAUCUUCUUUCAUGUAAGGGAGAUCUCUAAAUGAAAAGUUCAUGGUUGCUAUUAUAUAUUAUUAUGUAUGCAUUUUCAUCCCAAGAAUAUGAUUUUAGCCCUCCAACUGCCCUACCAAUUAUCUCGAGAAAUUCGAGGCUCAUUACCGAAACUUUUGCAGCGCUGAGAGAUCAAUGUAUAUCAUUGAGAAUCCUGAAGACUUGUUCAGUACGUUUGAGGUGAGUUCUUUAAUUUGCUCUUGCCAUUUAGUCAAAAAAUCAAGCUCAAAGAAGCUACUGCGCAUCUUACAUCAGGGAUGGAAAAUCAACUGUCUUUCUACGAUGUAGAGGGAGUUACAGCCAAGAAAAUUAACCGUCUUGAAUGUUUAACCUCCACGUUUUCAGAGUAUGAAAUUCAAGCCCAUAACUCGUUCCGAGCAGAUGCGAAUGGAGCGCGGCACCGUCUCGUUGGUCCACCGCUUCCUCCUUGACACCACCACCGUGUAUCAAGAGUUAACGCACGAUAACAAAGUCAAGAUCAUGAAAAUCUUCCUCUACGAGUUUCUCUGCCUUCAUCGAGCUUUUGUCUCAGCCAAAGCCUACAGGAAAGAAGCGCAGCCAAGGAUAAUAUUGCAUUACGGGUAUUACUGGGACGUCGGCUCCGCCGAAAUCUUCUUCGAGGGCUGUGAGCGGCUGGACGAGCAUAUGAAAUUUAUUGUGCCGAUAAUUGAAAGUCUGCUUGUCACGGUGAAUAAGAUGAAGGAUCUGAAUCUAACCGAGACGGAGUUGAUGAUGAUGGCGAUGCUGAUGUUCUACAACAACCUACAUAACCUGCAAAUGGACACGCCGGAGGCGCAGAAAGUUGUAGACGAUAUUCACACCGAAUUCAUGUAUUAUAUCUCGUCGCAUUACGGGAUUACGAGUCUCGGGCCGAGGCUGGGAUGUCUUCAAAGGUUUAUGCAUCAUAUUGUGGUAAGUUUCCUGCUGUUUUGCCUUUUAUAAUCAAUAUUUUGCAGAAGCAAGCUUCCGAUUUCCGUGAAUCAAUGUUCUUGGCCAGGAUCUUCUUCCCUGACGCCGGAACUGAGGUCUGGGAAAACUUGGACAUCUACGACGACCUUUCCAAGCCUUUACAAGAAUUCAGAUAUCGAGGUGGAAGUAGCAGCACUUGA